AUGCGUGAUACAUUUUCCGAGGACACUUCGAAAAUCAUGUACGAUGGCACACUCGAAUGUACACUUCGCAAAAACUUUUGCGCUGUGAUUUUUUAUAUGGAGUCCGAUACACUAGGAGCAGAUGAGGAUCUGAGAACUAAAAAGCUGCAGUGCACUGAAUCCAAUAAACUCUAUCACAAUGCCCAUGUAGUUUUUGAAGGUGGAGAUGGAAUAUUUGAUAACAACUACGAACCGAUGAUUCAUGUGUUUCAUGACUGCUUGGGAUUUGGCACGUAUCGCUAUGAAGUCAAUCUUGACUGGCGGAACAACCGAUGGUUCUACCUCAAGUCGGACGUCAUACGUGCACGUUAUUAUCGUGGAUUACGAGAUGAUCAGGAUUUAGUGGAUUGGUACAACGGUGUGAAUGUCACAGAUCGUUCGCGAUUGUUUUUCGAUGACAGUGUUCGCAUUGAACAACAAUUAAGUGUAAUGAAACCAAAACCAACAAGCAAGAGCGAAGUUGAUAUCAAACUUGAACAGAAUGAUGAUGAUAAUUCUAUAGUUUAUUAUGUUUAUUAUGAUGAAUGA